AUGCCUUUUCCGAUGAGAAUUCAACCGAUAGAUUCACAGCUGUACAGUGAAUCAUCGUUCCGAAACGACGUCGUGAAGCCACCGGUGUUGAAAUCGAGGCUGAAACGUCUCUUCGACAGGCAGUUCAACAGUGUUCUGAGGAUUUCAGCAACUGAGAAGCCAAGCACUGGAGGUGAGAAAGAUGGAGGAGUUCCCGCUGCUGUCGCCGUGCCUGAGUUAGAGCCGAGCUCGAUUUGUCUGGAUAAGAUGGUUCAGAAUUUCAUCGAAGAUAACGAGAAGCAAUCAGGACCCGCCGGCGCAAAAUACGGCCGUCACCGCUGCAAUUGCUUCAAUGGUAACAGCAAUGACUGCUCCGAUGACGAGUUUGAUUUCUUUGACUCCAAUACUCCAGGCUCUUCUUUCAACGAUCCCUCCGAUACUCUCAAGAGUCUGAUUCCGUGCGCGAGCGUAGAGGAGCGAAAUCUGUUAGCAGACACUUCAAAAAUCGUGGAGAACAACAAAUCUUGCAAACGAAAAGACGAUUUGAGAAAAAUCGUCGCCAAGGGUUUAAUAGCCCUAGGUUACAACGCUUCCAUUUGUAAAUCCAAAUGGGAAAAAUCUUCUUCCAUUCCUGCUGGUGAAUAUGAAUAUAUAGAUGUGAUUAUAGAAUGCGAAAGGCUGUUAAUCGACAUUGAUUUCCGAUCGGAGUUCGAAAUAGCUCGAUCAACAAGCAGUUACAAGGGAAUUCUACAAGGUCUACCUUACAUUUUCGUCGGAAAAUCCGAUCGGCUUCUCCAAAUUGUUUCCAUUGUAUCAGAGGCUGCACGGCAUAGCCUUAAUAAGAAAGGGAUGCAUGUAGCCCCGUGGCGCAAGGCCGAAUAUAUGACAUCAAAAUGGCUCGGCCCACACACCCAAAGCGCUCCCAUCGCGAUCGAGGAGCCAACCGAAGCUAAUUCCGAAUCUAACCCAAUUCCCUCACCUACCGAAGGCGGAGAAUUGGAUUUGAUUUUUGGCGAAGAAAUGAUUUUAUCGGAGGCGAAUGACCCCAUGGAGGCUCUUCCGGAGAGUAUGUGGCAACCGCCAACGGUGAAGGUGAAGAGGGCAAACAAAGGAACGAUCACUGGAUUAGCCGCCCUUCUCAAGGAAAAACUCUAA